CAGCAUCAGAUUUCUCUGUGUGUGUGUGUGCGUAAGGCAGAGAGAGAGAGGCACUCCUUUUGCAGGGGAGAGAGAGAGAAGUCCAGAGAGCUUUGGAGCAUUGAAAGAAGAUAGAAGACUUUGCUGCUGCUCCUGCCAGAUUUCCACAACCUCAAACACAAAGUGAAUCCUACUUUUCACACACAAAAAAUAAAUAAAGAAAAGUUAGAAAAGCAGCCAUGGACGGGAUAACAUUUGGACGCGCGUCGCUCUGGUGCACCUUGCUGCUCUGGGUAAUUCAAGUUUGUAGUGGACUUGUGAGUGUGCAGGUAACCCCUAAAGUGGAGGUGCUAAAAGGAGAGACUGCCAAACUUCCCUGCACAUACACUGUUACACCAUCUUCCAGCAACACUGUUGUUGAAUGGUUCAUUGAGGAGCAGGGAACCAGGAGGCGCGUGGCUUUCCGCUCUCAGAGUGGCGAGGGAAAAAGCGAUGACGGCACCCCUCUGACUGGACGGGUCAAAAUUGGAGAGGACUUCACCUUGACCAUCUCCUCGGUUGAACCCUCAGAUGAGCUUAACUUCUACUGCCAGGUCACUGCUGGCUCUGCCGGGGCUGGAGAUGACACCACUAUGCUCAAAGUCUUCUUUGCUCCUGAGAAGCCAGAACUCACAAAGCCGUCAAGUCAGGCCAUUACUGCAGGGCAGUUUACCAGCUCAGAGAUUGGUACCUGUGUGACAAAGAACGGACACCCCCAGCCAAGAAUUAUCUGGUUCAAAGAUGACCAGCCCCUACCUGAGGUCAAGGACAGGAAAGAGAGGACCUACAUGAUUCCCUCGGUUGUGAAGGAGGCCUCCGGUCUCUACACUAUCAAGAGCACCCUGUACAUGCAGCCCACCAAGGCCGACAAGGACGCUGUUUUCAAGUGCACAGUGGAGUACAGCAUGCCAGGAGACCAAAUCAAACAGAAUAAGUCAAACACCAUCACCAUUAACCUCAACUAUCCCUCUGAGAAAGCGACCUUUUCCCUUCUCAACAAGGAUCCAGUGAAAGAGGGCGACACUGUAAACAUGAAGUGCGAGACUGAUGGAAACCCACAGCCUGAGUUUGACUUCAUUAAAGAUGGAGAAACCGUCGUUGGUCAGGGUGGUCUUCUGAUGCUGAAAUCUGUCAAGCGCACAGCCAGUGGUGUGUACACGUGCACGGCCACAGAUUUCGAUAACCUGGAUGCUGACCUGACAGGAAGUAUCACCCUCAAUGUCAACUACAUUGACCCAGUGAGUGUGACCCCUGCCCAACCUCAAGUUGUCAUGCUUGGAGACAAAGUGAAUUGGCAAUGUAAGACCAAGGCCUCUGCCGCGCAUACUCUUCAAUGGAAAAAGGGCUCUAAGGUGCACUCUCAGGAUGGCAUGCUGACACUCAACAACGUUUCCUAUGCUGAAGCUGGAGAGUAUAUGUGUGUUGGAGCUGUGCCAUCUGUGCCAGGACUGACAGCCGAGGCCAGUGUCAACCUCACCGUCAAAGGAAAACCAAUGAUCGAGCCACCCACUCUUGGAGAGGUGGGGAAGGAAGGAGACAUGGUGUCUCUGAAAUGCUCGGCCUAUGGCUUUCCUGCCCCUCAGUUCACCUGGAAGCCCUCUGGAAAAGAGUCGGUGUCAGUGGAAGAUAACAAGGUGGUGAGCACCGUGACCCUAGCAGCCACAGCUGAGGUCAUGAAGGACGGUGUGACCUGCAUGGUGUCCAACGAGCACGGAAAAGAUAACAAGACCAUCCUGGUAUCUCUCAAAAGAGCAAUUGACAACUCAGCCAACAGAGUGCUGCUUUCUGGAAACCCUGUGCUUAAGUCAGCCGACCAGCAGCAGGGAGGCUCCAGCGGGGUGGUGAUAGCCGUGGUGGUGUGUGUUCUGCUGCUCUUGCUGAUGGUGGCCCUCAUCUAUUUCCUGAACAAGAAGAACAAACUGCCCUGCAGCAAGAAGGACAAGAAGGAAAUGGCCAAUAAAGAGAUGAACAGCGACAUAGUGGUGGAGAUGAAGACAGACAAAGCAAAUGAAGAAGCCGGUCUCCUCAACAAAAGACCGUCCACAGAACAGUGAUGAAACAAGACGAUGAAAGUAACCGACAGAGGGAUGAAGGGACGGAGGAAUACAGUUAUGAAGACAACAGGGCUAAUUUUGUAUUUACUACACUAGACUGUGGGGGACAACAAGAGGUGGAGCAUGGAAAUUGGUUUGUUUUGGGGACCUCGGGAGGCUCACCAUGUUUGGCAUUGCUUGUUUUAUAACCCGGAGUAGACCGUUUGGAUGGAGUUUCACCUUUUUUCUUUUCUUUUUUAAAUUAAAGAUAGAGUCGCCGUCAAAGUUAACUCCAUCCAUCUGUGCUACUACAGGUUUAAAACCAUACACGUUCAAAACCACAAUGUGACAUCACUGGAUGACAAUAUUAUCAUGGCUUCUUUUGAUUUCGAACUCCUCUGCAGAAUAGAGCUGUACAGUGAGGCAUGGCUGACACAACCCAGACACAGUGGCAGAAAUCUUUCUUGUCUACCCCAAAUGAAACACAAAAUGCCAUUAUGAAGCCACUGUGUGUUACUGGGGUGUGUGUCUGUCAUGCACAUCUAUUCUGUUUUGGAGUUUUGCACUUAAAUUCUGUGCUCACCGCUGGGUAUAUUGGGAAAAAAAUAAUCACAGGCUGCCAUUCUGUUUCAUUCACCUCAAUAACAAGUGAUGAUUUAUGCUCACAUUUAAAACCUAAGCACACUGUUUGGCACACAUUGCUGUAACAUUUCUGCUUGUUUUUUUUUUGUUUGUUUUUUAGUGCUGUUUGUUUAAAUGCAUUUUUGCCACCUGUGAAUGUUUAUCCCCAUCCUCCCACCCAUCCACCACCAUAUCUGUAAUUAGCUUUCCAUAGAAAAAGCCCGGGCAUUUAAUAACGCCAGUCCUUUUCUCUGAAAUUGUUUUGCUUUUUUUAGAUCCAGCUAAAGAGGCAACAAGCGAGCUAUUAGGUUGUACAAAUUUGUUCUUUCCGUUUUCACCAUACUUGUAUAUUAUGUUAGUACACAAAUUGUUCACUUGUUUUUCCUUUGUUCUCCAGUUUUCUCUGUAAAUUCGCAAACUGAUUACCCUGUCUAUCAAGCAGGAUGUGUACUGUGCACGGCAUGGAGCUCAAACAGUCAUUACAAAGCUUUCACAGCCUUCCAGUCCUCUACUCCUGGAUGAAACCGGUCUCACAAGAAUAGCACACAGUGGUUUCACUCAGGAAGCCCAAUUAUCAUCAGCUUUCACUGAAAAAAAAAAAAAAUUGGUCGAAAUUUGGUGAAAUAGUCGACAAGCCAAAACCGCAUCUUGCUACGUUGUCGUUUACACAUGACAACAAAAUGCGGCUGCACCUUUUCACCUCUUAGUAGAAAUCACUAGCACAGGUUCACUCUAGUUUGAUACGAGCAGGGAAGGGAAGGGGAGGUGUGAGAGGGAUCAGGGGUUGUUACUGAUGUAUGCGAUGUACAUUUUUUUUUUUUACCAAAUCAAAGAGUUUUGGGUGUCACAGCAAGAUUGUUUAUGUGUUGAGGUACGCAGUACUGCCAUUUUAUUCCCUACACUGUUGGCAGAAAAGGUGUGAUUGGGUUGACGUGCCCUUUUACUUUGUUGUACACUGGAACUAUUGGCCUUGACUUUUUUUUUAUGUUUAAAAAGGUCGCCUCAAACCACUAUCUCUACCCACAAGGCAUAUUUUAUUUUUUAAUGUCUGUCUACUGAUCUUGCCAUAUUGACUGUUAGCGAACCUGUGAUGGCAGGGGAAGAUAGAUGAGUGAACUCAGAGCAUUGUUUUUUUGAUUUUCAUGUUUUAUAUAAAAAAAAAAAAUUGUGGUAUAAAAGUUUGUUUUUUUAGAAAGGGGAUUCUUUUUGGAACUACUGAGUUUUCAUUUUUCCCAUGCUUUUCCACUUGCUCUGAGAGACAAGAGAAAAAUGUGUUUUGUUUUGUUGUUUUGUUUUUUUUAUAAGAUAUUCUCAGUGCUUUACUUCUCUCUCUCUGUACUGUGUACUGUAUAUUUUGUGGUACUGUUCUGUUGUGACCUCUGUGGUGUGUUGAUGUAUCUUUUUUUUUGUUCCGACUGUGUAGAAUUUAUAAUGAAAAAACUCAAGAAAACCAAUCACAACA